AUGGCGGCCUCCAGGUAUAGGUCACUUCUUCAACUAAUGAAACAAUGGCCGGUUAAAGAGUUUAAAGGAAAAAGAUCCAGUGAUUUAGGAGACCAGAUAAAGAAACAGAUAUUGACUAAAUUUCCUCAAGGUGAAGCAUCGACUGUCGAUGAAAAAGAAUGUGAUAAUUAUUACAACAGCCUUGUAAGAAUUUCCAACGAUGUUCACAAAAAGAAAUGGGAAAGGCCAAAAAUAACUAACGCAUCUGGCGCCAACGAAGAAGAGUUGAGGAAUGCAUUGUAUUCCGAAGAGGAAGAAGACAAACCUCUCAUUGAGAGACUUAAGGCAACGAUGUUUGCUAAAAGUAAAUAA